GGAGCUGGGGGCGGCGCGGCGGGGCCGGCGGGGCGCGGCGGGGCUGACCGGCCCCGAUGAGGCGGAAGGAGAAGCGGCUUCUGCAGGCGGUGGCGCUGGUGCUGGCGGCCCUGGUCCUUUUACCCAACGUGGGGCUCUGGGCGCUGUACCGCGAGCGGCAGCCCGACGGCACCCCUAGGGGAUCCGGGGCAGCGGUGGCCCCGGCAGCCGGACAGGGCUCACACAAUCUGCCAAAGAAGACCUUUUUCUUGGGAGAUGGGCAGAAGCUGAAGGACUGGCAUGACAAAGAAGCCAUCAGAAGGGAUGCCCAGCGCGUAGGAAAUGGAGAACAAGGGAAGCCCUACCCCAUGACUGAUGCUGAGAGAGUGGAUCAGGCAUACAGAGAAAAUGGAUUUAACAUUUACGUCAGCGAUAAAAUCUCCCUGAAUCGCUCGCUGCCUGAUAUUCGGCACCCAAACUGCAACAGCAAGCGCUACCUGGAGACGCUCCCCAACACCAGCAUCAUCAUCCCCUUCCACAAUGAGGGCUGGUCCUCCCUCCUCCGCACCGUCCACAGCGUGCUGAACCGCUCGCCCCCGGAGCUGAUCGCCGAGAUUGUGCUUGUCGACGACUUCAGUGACCGAGAGCACCUAAAGAAGCCCCUCGAAGACUACAUGGCCCUUUUCCCCAGUGUGAGGAUUCUCCGAACCAAGAAACGGGAAGGACUGAUAAGGACCCGGAUGCUGGGGGCCUCAGCAGCAACUGGGGAUGUCAUCACAUUCUUGGACUCACACUGUGAAGCCAACGUCAACUGGCUUCCCCCCUUGCUCGACCGCAUCGCUCGGAACCGCAAGACCAUUGUGUGCCCCAUGAUUGAUGUGAUUGACCACGACGACUUUCGGUACGAGACACAGGCCGGAGAUGCCAUGAGGGGCGCCUUUGACUGGGAGAUGUACUAUAAGCGGAUCCCAAUCCCGCCAGAGCUGCAGAAAGCUGACCCCAGCGACCCAUUUGAGUCUCCCGUGAUGGCCGGCGGGCUGUUCGCCGUGGAUCGGAAGUGGUUCUGGGAGCUGGGCGGCUACGACCCAGGCUUGGAGAUCUGGGGAGGGGAGCAGUAUGAGAUCUCAUUCAAGGUGUGGAUGUGUGGAGGCCGCAUGGAGGACAUCCCCUGCUCCAGAGUGGGCCAUAUCUACAGGAAGUACGUGCCCUACAAGGUCCCUGCUGGAGUCAGCCUGGCCCGGAACCUGAAGCGAGUGGCGGAGGUGUGGAUGGACGAGUACGCGGAGCACAUCUACCAGCGCCGGCCUGAGUACCGCCACCUCUCGCCUGGGGACGUAGCUGCCCAGAAAAAGCUCCGCAGCUCCCUUAACUGCAAGAGUUUCAAGUGGUUUAUGACCAAGAUCGCCUGGGACCUGCCCAAGUUCUACCCACCGGUGGAGCCUCCGGCUGCAGCCUGGGGGGAGAUCCGCAACGUGGGCACGGGGCUGUGCACAGACACAAAGCACGGGGCCCUGGGCUCCCCGCUGAGGCUGGAGAGCUGCGUCCGGGGCCGCGGGGAGGCUGCCUGGAACAACAUGCAGGUGUUCACCUUCACCUGGAGAGAGGACAUCCGGCCUGGAGACCCCCAGCACACCAAGAAGUUCUGCUUUGACGCCAUCUCCCACACCAGCCCCGUCACCCUCUACGACUGCCACAGCAUGAAGGGCAACCAGCUGUGGAAAUACCGCAAAGACAAGACCCUGUACCACCCCGUCAGUGGCAGCUGCAUGGACUGCAGUGAAAGCGACCACAGGAUCUUCAUGAAUGCCUGCAACCCCUCCUCCCCCACCCAGCAGUGGCUGUUUGAACACACCAACUCAACAGUCCUGGAAAAAUUCAACAGCAGCUGAGCCCUCCGGUUCCCGUCCAGGCCUGGCGGGGUCCCCUCCGGCACUCACUGCCGCCGCCGCCCUCUCCCAACGGAGGCGGGGCUUCCGUGGGCCCCGUCAUGGAAGAGGUGCUGGCCCACCGGGUCAGGGCAGAGGGGACCCUUGAAGCUGGGCAAGGUGUCCCCCUGGCCCAGGGGGGCCCUGAGUGAUGGAGCUGCAGUGGAGAACAGACCCCACAGGAGGCCCCCUGACGGCAUCGUGGAAAUCUGGAAACUCUGGAGGGCCUUUUCAGCUCAGUCACCUCGUUCCCUGGAGCAUCAUUCGGGAGUAGUGCCAGGGCAGCCCUCAGCCACCCGGAAAGGGGUCCUGCGAGGCUGCCUGGCCUUCCAUUGACUCUUUAAUGAUGGUCCAUUAGAAAGAGAGACAAAUUCUGUCUUUUGGGGGGCAGCUUUUAGCACCAGCGCCACCCGUAGCAGAAGGGAAGGAAGUCUUUCUGUGGGCCACUGGUUUCAGCCUUUUAAAUUUUUGCCUGCUUUGGGAUAACUGCAGUUACUGCCCAGCGUCUGUUCUCUGUCACAGCCCAGGAGACGCAGUCGAAGGCCCUACCUGGGGCCCUCAGAGUGUUCAGUACUCAACACGGGCCAGCUGCCAGGCCUGGGGUUGGAAGCGGGACCCCCAGACAUUCCUUUGCACCGUGGACAUCUGGGGGGUCUCCCCUUGCUCUCGGGGUACCAGAAAUGCCCAUUCCCGUGCCGUCCAGGCAGAGGACAGCCCGGCCACCAGCUUUUCAGGGCUGCGUUUCACAUGGCCUUGAGCCUGUGGCACAGGCCUGGUAGGAGCCCUCCAAACUAGAAAUUCUGGCUGAAUUUCCCUCAUCAGUGCUUCCAUUUCUCUCUAUCUCUGUCUCCUCUCUCUCUCUCCCUCUCUUCUCUCUCUCGGGCAAUUACCUGCCACAAGAGAGGAACAGAGGUGUCGGGUGUUCACCUCACAAAGUCCAGAGGCCUCCAGGGUGGACCGUGGGCACAGCACCUAGCCUCUGACUCAUCAUGGUUCUGGUUUUCAUAUGGAACUUGAGGAUUUUUUAAGAACUCUGUAAUUUGAUCAUAGGCUCGGAUGCCACAUGGGAUUCUGGUAUUCUCACAUCCAAUAUGGAUUUUUAGAAUGCUGUGAUGAAAAGAGCCAGCCAAGGGUGAUACGUGCAAGGGAGCCCCCAGCCUAGACAUAAUCUAAGUCCAAGGUUGGUGGUGUUGUGGUCCAUCAGCUCAUACUGGAGGCCUUGGUGUGUCCCGGUCCUCGGCCCAGACCUCACGCCUGCCACCUCCCACCAAGGCCGCAGCCGCAGUGGAGAGCAGGCCCCAGUGUCCCACGAAGAGGUGUGCACCCAGCUCCAUGCCCGUCCUUUGUGUUCACCUCUUGCUUUGUUAAUUUUGUGUCAGACUCCCAGAGGGCUCCCAAACUAACAGGAAAGGUUUCUGUAACCAGCCUCCCACCCGCUGAUUCCAAAAUGGAAAUCGCCUUCUAUAGCCUGUGGCUCCCAGCAGCUAGCCCAGGAGGCCCCUGAAAUCAGUAUUCCACUUAGAGUCGAGCCUCUCAGUUGUGUUAUUUACUAAUGAAAUAACUGAGGCACAAAUGUGGGAGCAGAGCCACGAAUCUGCUUCUGCAGUGCAGGCUGAUCUCAAGGCCAUCAGUCAGCUGGGGAGGGAAGGAAACCCAACCACUACCACCCCGAAUAAGCAUGUAGCUGGCAAAGCAUCACUUCCACAUCUGCCGCAGGAGAGGCAGCCCCGAGCUUGCCAAGCUUGCUUGUCCAAGUGAGUGCUCUGUCCUUACAGGUGGCCCUCAAUGCGAAGGAGUCGAAAGAUGAGGCCCCUUCCAGAAUCUAGGAUAACAAGUGUUGCAGUUUGGGAGAGGUGAGUUAGGAUGCAGAGUAGUGCAGCAUCAUUAAAAUAAAAACUGUGCCUUUUAAAAAGAAAAAAAAUGCAAAUGUACAGCCAAUCCCAAAACUUGAAUCAUUUCCUAGUGCCUUGCUAGACAAACAUAAAGGGGCAGGGUUGGGGGAGGGGGAACAUUUUUGGUGGUGUGUGCAGUUCCUGUCGGAUGAGUGUAUGUUUCUUAAUGUCUGACCUAAAGCAGGAGGCAUUGGGCCCAGAGCAGGAUCUAGGACGGAGAUGGCCCCCAAGGGCCAGAGGCCAGAAGGUGUUCCACUGAGUGAGAGUGACACCCCAAAUUUAAAGGGCAGCUGGACAGCUUGUUUAGUCUGGCCAAGAAGGGCCUCAGCAGUCCCUGGGAGAGGCCCUGUUUGGAAGCCACGCCUGCGGUCUCCCAUCCUAGCCCCCAGGUGGAGUGCAGAGCACUGGCUAGAUUUCCAAAUGGUCCCACUCCAAGCGGUGACAGUGUUCUCUGCAAGACGGGGAUGCAUAUGGAAAGCAGGAGCAACAGCAAGCAGUCCUCAGCUAUCCUCUUUUCCAUCCCUUGGUUCUCUUUUUGAGUCUGGUUUUGCACCAUCAGCAGGGAUGGGCAGGUCCUCUGAGCGCUGUGGCAUUUGUAAUUGCUGAGCCCAUGGCUGCAGGUGCUGCGACUUGACACAGCAGGUAAUCGGGAAGGAAGGAGAAAAGGCGUUUGUUAACUAACCAACUGAUUGCACAUACUAGCCACUCAUUGUUUUGUCUUCAUUUGGCAAAACCACCUGUUUCAAGGAUCCAGGUCCCUGCACCACCCCGGCUGAUGCUCAGGAAAACAGCCAGGAGCCUGUGGAGGUGCUGUCAGCCUUUUAAUGGGUGAGAACGUGGACCCCUUUUCCUCUGAAGCCUUUCUUCUAAGCCUGAGGUCAGAAAACAGGGUGUGGCUAGGAAGUCUCGUGCCUGUGUGGCCCACCAGUAGCCUUUCCAAAGGGAGAGUCCAGAAACAUUUAGGAAUGCAAAGAACAUCUUUGCUGUACAUACAAAGCCUUGCAGGUGGCUGCAUGUGCAAGCAUGAGUGUGAACAGCCAUUCCACUUUGUGCCUCCCGUUGGGGUUUUCAACUUUUAAAACAGUCCAGAAAUUGUUAAUUCCCCAUUUUAGGAAGAAAUAGCUCAGAGGCAGAAGGGGAUACAUCCACAGAAGAGAUCUGAUGGGUGAUAUGACAUUAGGACCUAGGGAGAAAGGGCGGUUCUUGCUGAAGAUGUAGCACAUGGGUUCCCAACGUCCACGUCAUAUCACUUUUCAAACCCUCCUACCUGUUGAAUUUCUUUUUCUUAAGUGGCUCCGAUUUCUUCCUGUGCAUCUCCAUUUUACCAGUCUCUGGAGUUAGAAAAGAGUGGCAAAGACUUGACAGUAGGAACUGAGAAAUCUGGGCUCCUUGCUUCAGCAAUCCCUAGUUUGUACAGAUUGGGUGAUCUUUUAUAAUUCUUAGGAGGCAAUGCAUUUUUAAUUAAAUUUUCUGAAGAUUUCUGAGUGGGGGAGAGGGGCAAGGAGUGAGUGUUGUUCUGGAGUUACUUUCUGCUUUCAGUUGAUGCUUUUUCGUGUGAAAAAUCCAAGGAACAUUUUAGUUCAAACUUCAUCCUGAGCCAAGGCCCACUGCCACCUCUGGGGUGGGAGUUGGACCUACGUUGUAAGUGACAAGGUCCUCUUAACAUCCACUCCACAAAUGGCUUUGAUUCAGCCGGGCCAGACAACAGUGUCAGGCUUCUGCUCUGUGGUAGGCUUGAAGCUGGAUUCCAGUGGGAUUCCAGGCUGGGAAUAUUUGAGAAGUCAGACAUAUUCCGUAAUGUAAGCCCGAGACCGCCAACAUCUCAUCUUCUGCCUGGAAAAGUGAGCCUUUGUGAAGACCUGAGUUACCAUGUACAACUGUGAUUGUGACUGUUGCUGAGUAAACCUCCAGACUUUUCUCUAA